AGAAUAUGGAAAUGUCACUAGUUUUCUUUUCUCAAUUAAAUAUGUGUGAAUCAAAAGAGAAAACCUUUUUCAAACUAAUGCAUGGGUCAGGAAAAGAAGAAGCAAGAAACGAGUCCAAAAUCAGAGCUAAAGAGAAAAGGAACAGAUUAAGUCUUCUCCUGCAGAGGCCUGAUUUCCAUGGGGAGACUCAGACCAGCAGAUCUGCCUUCUUGGCCAAAGAAACAAGAGUCUCCCCUCAAGAAGCAGAGAAAUGGGCUGAAUCAUUUGACAAACUGCUUUCUCAUAGAGAUGGACUGGAUUCUUUUACUAGAUUUCUUAAAACUGAAUUCAGUGAGGAAAACAUUGAAUUUUGGGUAGCCUGUGAAGAUUUCAAGAAAUGCAAGGAACCUCAACAAAUCAGCCUAAAAGCCAAAGCAAUAUAUGAGAAAUUCAUUCAGAACGAUGCUCCAAAAGAGGUUAACCUUGACUUUCACACCAAAGAAGUAAUUACUAAGAGCAUCACACAGCCAACUCUCCAAAGUUUUGAUGCAGCACAAAGCAGAGUCUACCAGCUCAUGGAACAAGACAGUUACAAACGCUUUCUGAAGUCUGAAAUCUACUUACAUUUGAUAGAAGGAAGACCUCAGAGACGAUCAAAUCUUAGGAGACGGUCACGAUCAUUUACCUACAAUGAGUUCCAAGACGUAAAGUCAGAUGUUGCCAUUUGGUUAUAAGUAGAAGUAAUAUUCCUUAUUUUGGUGGUAAAUGUGUGUAACUGCUUCUAAAACACAGCUUGUGUGCAGUAAAAAAUUAUUAUACUUUUCAAAUAACCAGGCAAUAGUAUUUUUUAAAUGUAGUAACUUUUAUAUUAAAAUGAUUCACAGUCUUUCUUCCACCAUAUUUUAUAAAAACAUAUCUUGAUAUUCUAUUCAUAAUAAAAAAGCCUUUAUUUCUUCAUUAACCAUCAGUAAAAAGAUACCAGAAGAGUUUUGUAACUUGUUGAAGUAAAAUGUAAACAUGUCAACUAUGUCAGGUUUAGUUUGGAUCAUUUUUUCUAGGUAUAGAAAAUGUACUUAGAUAACUAUAUAUCCAUAUGAUAUUGUGUUUAAUGAUGGGUUGCAGCAUAUAGAAAUGAUCUAUUUCUUAUCGUGGGGAAGGGUGGACAUAUGUUGUUGUGUACUAAUUCUGACUCCAGAAUAGCUGUCUAUCACUUCAACAUUGAUACCAGCAACAAAAAAAUGCAUAAAAACACAUUUCUCUCUACAGAUUAAACAGAUUAAUCAUAACCCAGGUAGAUAUGGGAGACUGGACUCACACUCACUCUAGCUGAUGAAUAUUCCCCAUUAGAUGGAGGUACACUCUUGUUCACCGGAGUGUGCUCACAUUAAUAUAUCUCUCCAUAUCCACUAAGAGGACAACAUUCUUUCCCAGCAAAUGAAUGUGCCACUGAAAUAACACCAGUCAGUGCUUGGAUGAUGAUGACCACAAUCUUCCACGGAAGUUUUUAUGUCUCACAUUUGGAAUUUGAAAAUUGGGGUAGAAAUUUAAAAUGAGAAGCAAUGAUAAAAGAAAUCUACAAACUUGACAACAUCAGCAUCUGACAAUUAUGUUUUUUACCUAUUAAGUUCUUAAAAUCCUUGCCUAAUAAUAUAUGAUGCAUAUAUAUAUAAUAAACAUAUAUCUAUAUCAAAGAAAUAUUUAAUUGCAAUGUGUUACAAGACCUGUACAUGUAUUAAAUAUGGUGUACUUUCAGAUUACUAAA